AUGAAACCGUUGAUAUCGAGUCGCAGGCCUGCAUCAAGACGCAGUGGAAUAUCAUGGCUCUUGCUAUACUCGAUUGUGGCCUCGCUCUGGCUCGCCGCCCUCGUCGCGGCAGCCAAGGACUACUAUAAGGUGCUGGGAGUCGACAAGACAGCCUCGGAACGCGACAUCAAACGAGCUUACCGCAAGCGAGCGCAGAAGAUUCACCCAGACAAGCAUCCGGACAAGCACGCCGAGUUUCUCGAGCUCAGCGAUGCUUACCAAACACUCAGCGACGGAGAGACACGCAAGAUCUACGAUCGAUACGGCGUGGACGGAGUCAAGAAGCACCAGGCGCGCAAGGACAACCCGCAUCAGCAUGCACAGGAUCCUUUCGACAUCUUUUCUCGCUUCUUUGGCGGUGGCGGCGGGGGCGGAGGAGUGCGCAAAGGUCCCAACAAGGCCUUCAACGUAGACAUGGACAUCGAAGACUUCUACAAGGGCAGGACCUUCACACUCGAGUACCAGCGCAACGUGGUGUGCUCGCAUUGCGACGGCAGCGGUGCCGAGUCCCCAGGCGACAUCCAUACCUGCGAUCUGUGCGACGGCAGGGGCGUCAGGAUCGUUCGACAGCAGAUCAUGCCCGGCUUCAUCACCAAUGCGCAGAUGCAGUGCGACCGAUGUGGAGGUGCUGGCUCCGUGAUCAAGCACCGGUGCAGCAAGUGCCAUGGGCAGAAGAUUGUUCAGGAGAUUGCGUCCGUCGAUGUUGAAAUCGAGAGGGGGGCACGAGAUGGCGUCGAGGUAGUGAUCGAAGGAGAGGCAGACGAGGCGCCGGACUACGAGGCAGGCGAUGUGAUCGUCAAGGUCAACGCACGACGCGCGAAAGGUCAAUUCCGAAGGGCCGAUACCUCGCUCUACACGACGCUUCCUAUCUCGCUCUCGGAAGCGCUGUUAGGGUUCGAGCGCAACUUGACGCACAUGGACGGGCGCACCAUCAACAUCAAACGCGAUGCUGUGACUCAGCCUGGUUUUGUGACCGUGGUCGACAACGAGGGAAUGCCCGUUCACGGUACGAGUAUGUCGGAUCCACCCGAGGAAGACGUCCGCGCUGGUCGCGACAUGCUCUUCGGCAAGCUGUACGUGGACUGGCAGCUCGUCUUGCCCGACAAGGUCGAUCCCGCGCUCCGCAAAGCCCUCGAGAAGGUUUCUGGUCGCACUUCGGGCGGGGCAGGAACCUCCUCGGUGGGCGGGUCAGAUCAUCAAGAGCUCUGA